AUGGAUGAAGGGCUUGGUCCGCUCACUGACAAUGCCAAUACCAUUCAUCUACCAAGCUUUAAGCAAAGGUCGCAAAUACGGGAGGAAGAAAUCUACAAUCCGGUGGGUCACGACACCGACGUAGACAUACAAUACACCAGGCAAUGGUCGCCGAGACCACACGAGGAUUACAAUCCACCAACCCCCCACAUUAGCCAAGCAUAUACAGCAAGCUCGUACGAAGAAGACAGCCCGCCAGUCCGCGAUAUCGAUCGAGCAUAUACACCAAACCCCAUGCCACGGUUUCAGGGACGGGGUGGAGAGCCGGGUUCAAUGCUUCGCAAUGUCAACAUCAAUCCUACACACACACCAAGCAUCAGGCAACGAUCAUCGAGACCAGACAAUGAAUACGCUCCACCAGUUCAAGAUACCACUCUUGAAUAUGCACCCAAUGCUCGGCGAUGGUCCCACAGACGGGGCGAGGAGCAGGGUCCCAUACCUCGCGAUGUCGAUGCCAACCCUAUGAAUACACCAAAUAUAAGGCAAUGGCCACGCAGAUCGAACGAAGAAUACACUUCUCCAGCUCACAAUACCAACACUACCUACGAACCAAGCAUCAUGCGGGAGCCGCGGUCUUUCGCACCGAACAAGAGAGACAGCUUUCGAAACUCCGAAGACAAUAAAACGGCCCAAGAGAUUCUCAACCGGAACAAAGAGGGGAAAAUCGAGAAAAGGUCUUCUCUCUCGCGAAUGAUGAUGACAAAAGCCAAACGGACGAAGUUUAAUCAAAGAGAGAUAUAUCGUGCUCUCUUGGCGGUGGUCAAUGGGCAAGAGAGAGGCGGGCCAGGAGUCGUUCAAGCGCUGAUGGAACAAUUUCAAGCAGAACAUGGAAAUAUCAAUUUUGUUCCUCAGCAGAAGAAGUCUCUUGGAAGUCUAUUCAAGAAGGGCCAUGAGGAACGGAGUGGGCUAAUUGAGAUGGCCGCAAGAGGUGGCAAUGUCGAAGUUGUUCAACUUCUAUCCAAGAAUUCGGACCAGACGGGUUUGAACAACGCAUUGGAGAUUGCGUUCCGCAACCGGAAUGCUAUAACCGAUCGGAAUACUACCCGCGAAGACCAAAUGAUCCGCAUAUUGGUCUCAAGAGGCGCGGAUGGCAGUCAUACUAUCGGUGCUGCUGCGGCUGCCGGAGACGAGACAUUGUUACACAUGUUGCUUGACGGUCAUCCUCCAGUCCUUGCGUUGUCAGAAGCUCUGCCCGAAGCCGUCGCCUUCCGGGACACGGAAAUCUGCCGACGACUCACUAGAAUGCUUCUUGGGAAAGGUGCUGAUGUCAACCACAGCGGAGGCGAAGCGAUAUUCCGAGCUACCAGGCUGUUUGACAUGCAUGUCUUGGAUAUGCUGCUUGAACGCCGUCCGCAUGUCCCGUCUCUCAGUCGGGCCUUCGCCUCAGCUCUGACUCAGCCUGACUCAAGCCGCCGAUUCGAAGCUUGCCAAAAGUUGAUCCGUGCUGGCGCAACAGGCGACGAGGUUAGCAGAGGCCUUGCAAUUGCUCUUACGACUGAGAAUCAGAACAUUGAUUUCCUCAAGCUGAUCCUCGAGAGUGCAUCAGUUGACUUCGAGGAAGGCCAUGCAUUGUGUCUCGCUGUUGCCAACAACUACCAAGCGCAUUUGAAGUUGAUGCUAGAGAAGCGUCCAAACGAGCGUACCUUUGACCAUGCAUUUGAAGCCGCACUGAGAUUACGAAAUCAUCGUGAUCAACUUAAAUACUGCAAUAUUCUUGUUGGGGCAGGUCCUCCACGGGAUUCCUGUUCUAAGGCCCUGUUUAUUGCUGUCACGAUCCAGAAGGAUGAACUGUGCAGAAUAUUCCUGGAAAAGGGAGCUUCUGUUGACUUCAGCGGGGGAGCAUCCAUAACGACAGCAGCUCGGUCCGAGAAUGUUGGAAUACUGGAGCUAUUGGUUGGAGGAGAGUUUCAACAACCUAAUAAUGCCAGCCUGGUUCCGGCUUUUGAAGUUGCUCUCUCGCUGCCAUCACCUCCGGCGAAGAAAAAGAAGCUGAUUCAACUCAUACUUGAUGCCGGCUUGCAAGGGCCAGCACUCGAUGUGGCACUAGUAAAUGCAUCGAAGAAAGGGCAAGAAGGCUUGCCCAUGGCCAACCUCUUCCUGGAGUACGGUGCCUCGGUCAAUGCACAUGGGGGCGAAGCUCUGGAUAUCUGUACACGUUCCGGGAAUCUUGAGUUCCUUCAAGUGUUACUGCAUGGCCAACAUCGACCUUCAUCGGAGAUCUUAUCGAGAAUAUUUAAAUCUGCUCUGGAGUUGGAUCCUAAAGUUCGACAUCUUGCGAUUGAAUCGAUCUUCCGGGCGAAUAUGUCGGUCGAUCUUCAAGUGGCUGCAGCGCUGGAUCGUCUUGUGCAGGAUCGACGCCCAGAUAUGCAGACCAUUGGGGUCCUUCUAUCAUUCCAUGCUCCAGUAAAUUACGAAAACUAUCGCCCUCUCGUGACGGCGGGCAAAGCCUUCAACCAAACAUUGCUAACUCUCUUGCUUGAGCAUUCGAGAGAUGCCACAGCACCAUCUGUCGUUUUCGAUGCCCUGAUGAAAGCGGAAGCCUUCUGGGGGAAACGAGAUGCAUUCACCAUCCUCACCCUCCUACUCGAGAAUGGCGCAGAAGGCAUCGCAGUUGAUGAUGCUUUGAUCAAAGCUGUUAUGGACGCCCAGCCGGGUGCAAGACAUUUUGAAGUUACGUUACUUCAACACGGCGCGAAUAUCGAUCACAAGGAUGGAGAAGCUCUGCAAAUCGCCACAGAACGAGGGGAAGCCGCCUUAGUGAGGAGAAUGCUCCAAAUGAAACCCACUUCCGAAUCAGUAUCAAUGGCUUUCCCUUAUGCAUAUGUUUCCAAGCUCCCGGAGGCAAACGCCCUGGCCGUCAUAGACUCGUUUGUGGAGUUGUCUGCUGAGGAGCUGUAUCCAGAUUUCAUGCAUCCAGAAAUACCUGAACCACCGGUUUUUCUCUGCGUCAAGCAUUAUCCAAAUAAUUUGAAGAUUCUUGAGUUGACUUUGAAUGCUGGGUUUCAUAUUGAUCAGGCCAUGUCUUCUGAGAGUGGCAAAUACACGGCUCUGUAUUGGUCGCUGGUUCAAGGAAAGAAAAUUGAAGAUCGUGUUCUGGAGUUUCUUAUCAGUCGAGGUGCUGAUUUGAAAAACCACCCCGAAUCGCUGCUCCACCUCGCCAUUGAAACUGGUCGUCAUCGGAUCGUUCAAUGCCUUGCUAAAGAAGGUACAGACAUUGAUCUACCCAACGAAAACGAUAUAACGCCACUGAGUCUCGCAACUCAAAAGAAUGACAUCACAAGCAUGCAAGCAUUGCUUGAUGCCUCUGCCAGCGCCAAUGAUGGAAGCUUGCACGAUGCUGCUCGCAUGGUCAACGCCGAUGCCAUCCAACUCCUUCUUAAAAAUGGACAUGACCCGAACUUCCCGUGCGUUCGCUUUGACGGUCGACCCCCUCUAUUCGAGCUCUGCCUUCAAGCCCCAGAGUAUCUUAAGCAAACACAAGCAACGACACAGCAGAAGGAGAAACUGGCGAAGAGAGCGAUUGAGGCUUUGAUUUCGGGCGGAGCGUUUGUGAAGGAUCGUCUUCCGCAAGCUGGACAUCGCUCUCUAUUGUUUCAUGCUCUUGAUAGUUCGAAUCCUCAUCUGACGACUAAAGCAUUCCUGGAAUGCGGCCAGUUCAGAACUAUCAACAAGGACUUCAAUCUCUUCACCGAUGGCGAAUACACAUUCUCGCCAACCAAGUAUGUCGAAAAAGGGAAAUGCAGAGGCGACAACUCGCAAACACAAAGCCUUAUCAAACUUCUGAAAGACUUCAAAGCCAUAGACAGAUAUUGGAAGAACGAGGGACCUCAACCGCCUGACUACGAGGACGCGCCGCCCCACAUCGUGAAGGCAGAAGAAGAACGAAAAGAAGCCGAGAGACGCAAGAAACAAGAAGAAGAAGAACUACGCCGUCGAAUCGAAAAGGAACAGCGCGAACUGGCCGAAGCGCGCAGAAAACUCGCCAUGGAGGAAGAAGCUGCACAAGCUAAAGCAAAGCGAGAAGAGAGGGCGUUCCGACAACGACAAGCGCAGGAGGCGAGGAUCCACGAUAUGAAUAUCGCGAAGGAGAAUGAUAGGUUAAAGUUGAAAGAGGCGAAGGAUGCACACGCUUUGAAGCAGGCUGCGAGUAUGAGCCAAUUAAGGAAUGAUGAGAAUGAGGCGGAACAUAGGAGGAGGUUAAAGCUGAUUGGUGAGAGGAAGAGUUUAGCGCAGAGUCAGGAGGCGCUGCAUUGGGCUUAUACUAAGGGGGUGGAGCAGGGUGGAGCAGGUCCUGUUGGCCCAGGUGGCAGGAAAGCGUUAGGAAUGAGUGGGUAUAAAUCGAAUUUGGAUUUGGGGAGAAGAUUGCAGAUUGAGGGAAGUAGGAUUGAGGAGAUUGAUGAGUGA